CACUGUCCACUCGCCGCCUCCCAGAGCUCCCGGCCGCGGGGGCGGAAGUGAGGCGAGGCCCGGGCAGCGGGGCCGGCGGGAGACACCGCAGCCGCUCGGGGCCGCUCCCCGUCCGCCCGCAGCAGCAUGGCCCUCCUCCUCCUCCUCCUCGUCGCCCUCACCACGCAGGCCGCGAGCUGGGCGGAGAGCAGCGCUGCGGAGCCGGAGCCGUCCUCGGUGCCUAUACCAACCAAUCUUACAAUAGAGGCCUAUAACUUCAAUCCUAUCCUAUAUUGGAAUUACCCAAUCAUGGCACAGAAGCCUGUUUUUAUUGUACAGGUAAAAAUCUAUGGGGAGGAUGAAUGGUUUGAUGCCUGCAAUACGUCUCAUCAUCACUGUAACAUCAUUUUCUUGAUUAAGAAUCCAGAAUAUUCUCUCUGGACCAGAGUUAAAGCUAGGCUUGGUCAAGAAGAAUCAGCCUAUGCAGUGUCAGGAGAAUUUAUUUUGUGCCGUCAAGGGAAAGUUGGACCACCUAAACUUAAUAUCAGUCACAAGGAAGACCAACUCAUUAUUAAAAUAUUUCAUCCUUUAAUUGUUGUAAAUGGAAAAGAGCUAGGAGUCAUUUUUGGAGAAGAUACUUGUUAUACCAACUACCAAGUGUAUGAGAGAAUAAAUGAAGGACUGAUUAUAGAGAGAAUUUUAAAAGAGAAUGAAGAUGAUUGUGACGAGACUCAGUGCAAUUUUAGUAUUCCAGUGUCCUCACAGAAUUUUAAGUACUGUAUUUCAGCAGAAGGAAUCUCACCUUUAAUGUCCCUAAAAACUGAAAUGUCCGAAGAACAUUGUAUUACCAUUUCUGAUAGUAAGAAUAGUAAGAGCAUAAAAGAUUCUAUUUGGAUUCCAGUUGGUGCUGCUCUUUUACUCUUUGUAAUACUUAUCCUGGUAGUUGUAUGUUGGAACUUGAAGAAGAUAAAUCCUUUUAAGAAUGAAAGAAUCCCAUUACCCAAGUCCUUGAUGUCUGUGGUAAAAAAUGCGUCUUUAGAGGCAAAAUCUGAAUCGAAAUAUGUAUCACCCAUCAUCUAUGAGCCAAUUGUCCCUGAAAAUGAGAAAGUGAUCUGGGAAGAGCAGUUGUCUCCAGCAACAAUUUCAAGUAUGCAGACUGAGGAUGAUCCAGGAAUAGCAAAGCACGGAGAUCUUCCUAAGGAAACACACGUGGGGACCACUGAAGAAAACACUCCUGAUGUGGACCCUGGUAGCCCUUCGACCCUAGUAAGGAGCAGGGAUUCUGUCCAUUCAGGCAGUAACCGGUCUGAACCCUGCAUCGUUGCUUUAAAUGCUUAUCACACCAGAAAUGGUUCUGAUAGUGACCUUGUGGAAUCCAACAGCUGCUUAUCUGACUCCGAAUCUCCUCCAAGUAGCAAAACUGAAAUGAUGACCGGAGAACCAGAGCCCAUAAUGCCGAGAAACACUACUACCUCCUUUGGUUACGAUAAGCCCCAUGUGCUAGUGGAUGUGCCUAUGGAUGAAGGUGGUAAAGAGUCCCUGAUUGGUUACAGAGAUUGACAAAGAGUACCUGAUUGGUUAUAGCAGAUUCCAAAGAGUUUCCAUAAUGUGCCAACUUGGAAGGAUCUGCUUAUCCUGAGCAGUUUUUCUGCCUUGAUUUCAUGAAAAGAUCAUGAUUUCAGAAAUGAUGUCUUUUUUUAUAUUAACCAAAUGGAAUGCCUUGGUUUAGGUAACGGUGUAAAGAGCCUGGCACUGUCACAUUUGGUCUGAAAACUGCAAAGACUGAAAAAACAAACUGUGUCUCCCUUCUUAGGGGACACAGUUACUGCACAUGAACUUCUCCAUUUACAUGGGCUCUGAAUACUCUCCAUUAAUCCUGCUUCCUGUGAAGUAAGUGAUUCCCAGGGUCCUUUUUUUUUUUAUAUAUAUAUAUAAGUUUCUGUAAAAGAUAUUUUUAAAUGUUUACUUCCAAAAGCUUUUCAAAAUUGCAUUUAAAAUUGAAUUUAUACCAAUAGAAUUAAUAAAGAGUAUGUAUUUUAUAGAAUGCUGCAUUUAGAGAUUUUUAAAUAAAGAAUUUUUAAUUCA